UGUUCUUACUGCUAAGAAUGGUGUUUAAAAAAUAGGUACGACGUAAUCGACUACUAUGAAUAAGGUUCGAGAUCGUAAGAUUUAGUAAGGUUUUCAGAAGUUUGAGAUACCACUGUAAAGUUAGGUCGCAGAUCUGUAAAGUGUUUUAACUGGGAAAACAGGAAUCUACUCUUGGCUUCGUGACAAACUACCUUAUGUUUGUUUGUUUGUUUUUUUUUUUGCUGUUGUUGUUAUUAUUAUCUUUUUGCUAUGAGCUAAAUUUUUUAUGUUGAUCAUUUAGGAGCCAUGGCUUACCGUGGUGAUCUCAUCGCCUGUGAAGUUGACUUUGAAAACGUCUCCAAGGGCGAAAUCCCUGUGCUCUUCUCCUUGAACGGCAAAGAAGUGGCGCGUUCUUCGAUGAAGUAUACUUUGGGACAAGAACUAUUUCCCUUCGUCUCAUUAGGAUAUGAAGGCAUUACAGUGCUCACAAAGAUGUGCUGUCGUGACAGAGACCGUUUCAGUGGAGUAACAAAUGAAGACAUUCAGGAGAAAAUUGAAGUUCUGAGAGGUGAUGUUCAGCAUCAACUUGCCGAGCAAGCGAGGAAUGUUCAACAUCAACUUGUCGAGCAAGCGAGGAAUGUUCAACAUCAACUUGCCGAGCAAGCGAGAAAUGUUCAGCAUCAAUUUGCCGAGCAAGCGAGGAUGUUGUCGGAAAUGAGAAAUUUAGUUCUGCGUUUGAAGGAAGUAAAGGAUAAAGAAGAGCAAGAAACAGGCUGAUGAUUUGAGCUAAGUCUUCGGGUAAUAAUGGAUUGUGCGUAGUUUGAUGGAUCAGAGAGUUGAUUAGUUGUAGGCUUGCAGCUAUAAUUUCAACAUUUCCUAAGUUUUUUAAUGGAGGGAGGAAAAUAAAGAAGGCUUGAUCAUGUCUGUAAUUGUAGGUAAACACUGGUUUAUUCAGCUUAGGCACAAUAUAUAUUGCAUGUCACCACUUUUUUUCAAUAGAUGAAAGGAUGCAUAUCCAAAUUUACUUGCAAACUAUAUCUAUAGCUGUAAUAUUUCUUAUCCAUCAAAUUAAACUAGUAGUUUACUUACUUACAAAGAAGAAAGAAGUUCUGAAAAACCAGGCAUUACCCUGUAUAGGUUACUUUAGCUUUAUAUAACUCCUAGCCCCGGUUGUUCAAAGGGAGGAUAACGCUCUAUCUAUUGGAUAAUCUCUAUCCGCUGGAUAGUGCAGUACGUUUUUUUUUUUUAACACUUAUCUGCUGGAUGGCGAUUUAUCCAUUGGACAGAGUUAUUCGCCCUUUGAACAACCGGGCCCUGGUCAGGAAUUCUCCCUUUCAGCUGCUAUACGCAUGCGCUAUACGCGUCCUUGCAAAUUAUUUGGGAGAAUGUAGAGUUAAAUCAAGAUAUCACUUUGUUAAUGACCGAGUCAGUGUGUUAUUGUGUUUGCUUUAGAACGCGUGAAUAUUGUAGAGCGGAAAAGUGCUUCUGCUAGUCUAUUUACAUUGAAUUGUUUCCUUUCGUUUAAGUGCCAAUAUGUUAAGAUGAAGGAGAACGCAUUCAGAACAGUCUGUGCGAAUUACAAAUACUCUGCUCACCAACCACAUAAUCUUACGUUUGUUUCAGAAUUCAUAUUACUUGUACUCUUUCAAUCGUUGCAUGAAGUGUAAAAAUAAAUAUUUUUGAUAAACGAUA